UUAAGUGUACUCUUUCUUUUUCAGGCCGUGGUGGUGGUUUUGGAGACAGAAAUGGUUUUGGUGGUGGCAGUGAACGUGGAAGCUCUCGUGGCCGCCGAGGAGACAGUAGAUCCCCAAGAGGGUCGCCACGAAGAGGAGGAGGACGAGGAGGCGGUGGUGGAGCAAGAGGCGGCAAAAAAGUUGAAAUCGAAGCACAUCGGCUGGAAGGCAUUUCGAGAACGAAAAUACAUUUUAAAAAGAGGCGAAUUUCAGGUGUUUUUAUCACACGAACCAAUCAGGACCUGCUGGCCACUCGAAAUUUGGUUGUUGGUGAAUCGGUGUACGGCGAGAAGCGCGUUUCGGUGGGUGAGGGAACAGAAAAAAUCGAGUAUCGUAUUUGGAAUCCAUUCCGGUCCAAAUUGGGCGCCGCAAUUCUGGCUGGUCUGGACGACCCGCACAUUGGGCCCGGCACGAAACUGCUGUAUUUGGGUGCUGCAUCCGGCACCACAGUCUCGCACUGCUCCGAUAUUGUUGGCCCGGAUGGAGUAGUUUAUGCGGUGGAAUUUUCACAUCGAUCUGGACGAGAUCUGUUGAAUAUUGCCAAAAAAAGGCCAAAUAUUAUUCCGAUUGUCGAGGACGCACGCCAUCCGCUGAAGUACAGAAUGAUUGUUGGUUUGGUUGAUACGAUAUUCUCGGAUGUGGCGCAGCCUGAUCAGGCUCGAAUUGUUGCCAUGAAUGCUGGCUAUUACUUGAAAAAUGGUGGCCAUGCUGUGAUGUCAAUC